GGGGUAAAAAGAGUUCAAAACAACGGAAAGCUGCCUUUCGACAAUGUUUUUUCCGGCUUGGUGAGAUACGCUCUCUCCUUCCUGUGGGAGCACCCGUGUUGGCCCUGACUGCUACAGCAACAGAAGAAGUCAGGAGGGAAACUAUUGAAGGGCUUGCUUUGAAACCUGAUGUACACCAGAUAGUUGUCAGUCCAGACCGGCCAAAUAUUUAUCUUUAUAAAGCUAAGGUAAAUAAAAAUUUGAAGUGCUUCGAAUGGCUGAUCUCUGCUCUAAAGAAGGAUAACCUGGAUACCCCAAAGACUAUUGUGUAUUGCAAGUCRCAAAAACAGUGUGGGCAGUUGUAUAGACAUUUCAAAAUUGAACUUGGACCGAAUGCCUAUUAUCCAGAUGGUUCUAAGCAAUUGUCAAAGAAUUGUUUAAUUGGAAUGUACCAUGCAAACACACUAAGCAAACACAAAGAAAGAGUUGCCGAAGCUUUUUUCGAAUCAAGUGCAAACUGCAGAGUGAUCUUUGCUACAACAGCACUUGGCAUGGGGAUCAAUGUUCAAGAUAUACAUCAAGUAAUCCAUUAUGGUCCCCCCCCCCCGUGAAAUGGAUGACUUUGUGCAAGAAAUUGGUAGAGCCGGUCGCAAUGGAAUGCCUGCCAAGUCCCUUUUGUUUUAUACUGGUAGGCAUUUGAGAAAGUGUAGUGAAUCUAUCAAAGAUUAUGUCAACAGCAAUAACAGUUGUCUAAGAGAAAUUUUGUUGAAGGAAUUUGGAGAAAGUGCUUUUGGAGAAAGAAAUCAUAAAUGUUGCACUAUUUGUCAUGUACAGUGUAAUUGUGCUCAGACAGGAUGUGCAGUUGAGCAGCUAUCUUUCUCGAGCAGCUCUCCUCAGCAAAUACCAAGAAAGAAAAGAAAGGUUACUAAAGGUCAAAAAGAAGAACUUAAAGAGUUAUUAACUGACUAUCAGAAGGACUUAGAGAUGAGUAGCCCAGGCUACUUUCUCUCCUCUCAAUCCACUACUGGUUUCUCAAAUGCCCUUAUCAAAUCUGUUUUAAAGAACCUCAAGAACAUCUUCUGUCUCAACGAUAUAAUAGAACUCACUCCAGUUUACAAGAAGUCACAUGCUGUUGACAUUUUAUUUAUGAUAAGGGAUGUCUGUGAAGACUUUGAUCUGGACAUCAACACUGUACAAAACUUAGUUGAGGAGGAGCUGAACUUGGACAUCGACUAUGAAUAUGGAGGACAUUACGAAGAUGAUGAUGAUAACAGUGGCACUGACACUGAUUCGUCAGUGGAUUCCUUGGAUUCAAACAUUUCAGGGCUAAUGGAGCUUUAGGUACAAAUAAUAACUACAUAAUAACAGUGUGAAUUCAAAAACCAUGGGCUUCUGUUUAUUCAAGAAAAUGUGUGGGGGAAAAUUUCUAGGAGCCCACAGUUUUUUGAUCCCAACCUAAUUAUUAUUAUUGUAACUAGUUAUGGCUAUAGUGCUAAUACUUAACCUAUUGAACAGUACUAAAAUUGCUGUUUAAACAAAAGAAAUUUUUUUGUAGUAGCUAUAAGUGCUGCUAAGCAAUAAGGGCAUAUAAGAACUUUAGUUCUUUGUUCUUUGGAAGGAUACAGACUUUUUUGACUCAGAAUUUUUGCAAUGAUGUAGUUCAGUGUUUAUAUAAAUAAUUAGCUAUUAUCUAGUGCUGACUUGGGUUAUAUCAUGCUAUCCUGAAAUAUGAUAUUCUAUUUAUCGGAAAAAGAAGUUUAAUUCAAAUUUGGCAUGUCUAUAUUAUUAAAAUUCCAGGGUUUCAUAAUUGAUAAAGUUUGCCCUUACACUGAAGAAGAUAUGAAUAUUUGAAACCAAGUGUUUUCAAAGAAAAAUGUAUGCAGACAGGCAUCGCAUGCCUGAUGAGCCUCAUUAUCAGGCUAAAUAUCACGAAAUGUUUAGUUUAAAAAAAAUAUGGGUAAACUAUUUAUCAAUUACAAUGUAUUUAUGCUAACAACCUUAACGUUUCACCAUACUAGAAUUUACAAUUAAUGAAAUUGAAAUAAAUCAUUCCUCAUCAUAGGAAUAAAA